UUGAGAGAAAUAUAAUUAUGGGAUGUAGACAAUCGUCGACAGAGGGCGAUGAAACCACGAAAGCAGGCUCGCUAACAAACGUCAAUGAAAUCAUGGCGGAUGCGCUCCCCGACCCUGCGCCGCCCGCACCCACUGAUCCACGACUUCCGCUUGAUGCAAGACAGGUGUUCAAACUUAAAAAAUCAUGGAAAGGAAUUAAGAGAUGCAUGGCAGAUACAGGGGUUGAAAUGUUUAUCAGGAUGUUCAGGGCAAACGCAGAUAUAAGAAACAUGUUCGUACGUUUUCAACACUUAAAGACAGAGGAUGAAAUCCGUGUUAGUGAAUUAGUAGAGAAACAUGCUAUAUCUGUGAUGGGGACUCUGGAUGAACUAAUAUCCAACAUUGAUAAUGUGGACUAUGUGUUAGAUGUACUCAAAGCCACAGGUCAAAGUCACAUGAAAUUUCCCGGAUUUCAAACAGAGCUGAUAUGGGAAAUGGAGAAACCCUUCUUAGAAGCUGUUAAAAUCACACUAGGAGAUCGAUAUAGUGACAAUAUGGACACGAUAUACAGAAUAACAAUAAAGUUCAUCUUAGACAGUUUAAUUAGAUUAAGUACUGCUCCUGUUAGCAAUUCGGUCUCAUGAGAGCGUCGUUAGGUAUGUAUGGAGAUCAUAUGGCCAAUCAAGGAAGUGAUGUCUUGCGCUGGCAUUAGAUAUGGGGCUGUUCUUAUGAGUAUGCGAGACAAUUUCUUUAAUCCUUUCUACGUUAAGAGUAGGAAAGUGUCGUUCGUGCGAUCUAGCUGCUGAAUAUGUGGAGAUGUCUGUCUUGUGUAAUUAAUGUUUGAGUAUACGCCUUACAGUUUAAGAAUGUAUUAUAAACACAGGUGACAUUAAUAUUGUCGUGUUUUUUUUCAUUUCACAAAUCAAACUAAUAUGUUUAUCUGUAAAUUUAUCAAAUAUUUCUAAUAAUAAAA